AAGCUACCAGAAGGACCUAGUCAGCUCAAGUCCCUUGCAAUUCCUCGCGUCACAAAGCAGUCAGCUCUGUAACCAUAACACAGUACCACUCUGCAAGCGAUACUGGAAACAAUUUUUUGGCAAAAUUAGGGUCUGUGAAUCCGAUUCGAAGGUAAUAACAAAGAGCAAUGGAGCCGGCGAAGUUGAAUGAACUGAAGCAAUUCGUCGAACAGUGCAAAUCCAAUCCUUCUAUUCUCUCUAAUCCUUCUCUUUCCUUCUUCCGUGACUACAUUGAAAGUCUCGGUGGUAAACUUCCUCCGUCUGCUUACGACACUGGAGAUUACAAAGCGAAGUCUCAUGUGGUGGAUGAGAGUGAUGACGAGGUGGGUGAUGAUGAGAACGAUGCUCAUGCUAAAGGGGCAGUUGAAGAAGACGAGGAGCCUGAGAUAAUUGAAUCUGAUAUUGAGCUUGAUGAGAGUGACACUGUGGAACCUGACAAUGAUGAGCCACAAAAGAUGGGAGACCCUUCUGUUGAGGUGACCGAAGAAGCCCGCGAUGCUUCUCAAGAGUCCAAAGCCCAGGCCAUGGAAGCAAUUUCUGAAGGUAAGCUAGAAGAUGCAAUUGAGCAUCUUACAAAGGCAGUUCUCCUCAAUCCUACAUCAGCAAUUAUGUAUGCUGCUAGAGCUAGUGUGUAUAUCAAGAUGAAGAAGCCAAAUGCUGCCAUACGAGAUGCAAAUGCAGCAUUAGAGAUAAACCCAGAUUCUGCUAAAGGUUACAAAUCACGUGGCAUUGCACGUGCCAUGCUGGGAAAAUGGGAGGAGGCUGCUAAGGAUCUUCACUUGGCUUCAAAGCUGGACUAUGAUGAGGAAAUAAGUGCUGUGCUUAAGAAGGUUGAGCCAAAUGCACAUAGAAUUGAAGAACACCGCAGGAAGUAUGAUAGGCUGCGCAAAGAACGAGAAGAUAGAAAGAAUGAGCGUGAGAGACAACGAAGAAAGGCUGAAGCUCAGGCUGCUUAUGAGAAGGCCAAGAAGCAAGAAGAAUCCUCAUCAAGUAGGAGAGCUGGUGGCAUGCCUGGUGGCUUCCCUGGUGGAAUGCCAGGAGGGUUUCCUGGGGGCAUGCCCGGUGGCUUUCCUGGGGCCAUGCCCGGGGGCUCUCCUGGGGGCAUGCCGGGAGGCUCUUCUGGGGCCAUGCCGGGAGGCUUUCCUGGGGCCAUGCCUGGAGGAAUGCCUGGUAACAUGGACUACAGCAAAAUACUGAAUGACCCUGAGUUAAUGGCGGCAUUCAAGGAUCCAGAUGUCAUGGCUGCCCUACAAGAUGUGAUGAAGAACCCUGCUAAUUUGGCCAAGCAUCAGGCAAAUCCCAAAGUUGCUCCAAUUAUUGCGAAAAUGAUGAGCAAAUUUGCUGGAAGUAACUGAGAGUUUUUGGGCUUCUGUCAGUGAGAGUUUCUAGAUUUUGGUAUGGAGGUGUGAUUUUGUUGUAAACUUGGUUUCAUCGAGUACGCAGAGGGUCAUGCCUCUAGAUUGUGUUUACUGCAAGUUUAGGUUCACAAUAGAUCUUGUGCAUUAUUGAUAGAAAGAAAUUGAUAUGCUUUUAUAGGCUCAUAAUUGCUAACUUUAGUCACUUGACUUGUUGCUAACGGUCAACUUCAAUUUUUCAUGCUGGUGUGUGGUAUUUUGCUAUACAAUAUCUCAGAUGUUUUCAAUAUGGAUCUUUAGUUGUGUAAUUGUUGCUAGUACAGUAGUUGCUGAUGUAACGGUCAGCUGUCGGAAUGGAACUUCUUGAUCAAGUAGUGAUGGAGAAUAGCUAGGUAUUGGAGUGAAACUUGAUGAACGCUUUAGUAUGUGGUCUCGUGGAAAAGCAUGCAUGAGAAUUUUUCUUCCAUCGUUGGUCCGGUAUGGUCUCUGGUGUACCGAGAAAGACUUGGUUAUCAAAUGAGCACCGAAUGAGAGAACUUGUGCAUGAUUUAGUUUGUAUUUGGAUGGUAUACAUCUACAGCAGUGUGAAUGUAGGGUUUUAGUGGGGUUUGUUUAGAGCAGUGUGGUCUACUUUAUGUUUGUAAUUAUAUGCAUUGCUUGUGGUCCCCAUUUUAACUCAAGAAAUUGUAAUGCAUGUAUUAAUGUGUA